AUGACUGAAUGUGGUACCUCCGGCAUCGGAGGUGUGGUGGCAGAAAAGGUGAAAACCCUAGGAGUAACCUUAGGGAGCAAUAGAAAAGCAGAUGUGGACACGAAAUGUCGUCUUGCUAAUCCUGCUAGAGUCACGUUGUGCACCAACUGUUCUGUGACAGUGACUACAACGUCUGUAGCCGACAGUGGAAUGUCCCGUUUUGCCGCCGUCGCUUUGUUGGUUUUGCUGGAGUCCGUUUGUGGUGAUCCUGGACAUCGACACGUUGUCGCCAUUCUUCAAGUCGGCAAUGGUGGUCAGUUUGGGGAUUGGCAUCCAGCACAAUACUGUCCAGAACAAACGUAUGCCGUCGGAUAUUAUAUUAAGGUUGAGCCGCACCAGAGCGGUGGUGAUGAUACAGCACUCAACGGCAUAAUACUAAUAUGUCUGAGGAGUGGUGGUGGUACAGUUUAUUCUGGUGUUGGACCAUGGGGCCUUUCGUACAGCGCGAAGUUUUGUCCCGAUGCUCAAGUGAUGGUGAAAUUUAUACUAAAAGUCGAACCGUAUCUGGGUGGUUGGGAAGAUGACACUGCGGCUAACGACGUCGCUUUCAUGUGCGACUAUCUUGCGAACAGAGCAGGCGCUGCAAGUUUCAUUCAAGCUGAAGGAGGCGGAAGGUGGGGCUCUUGGUCUCCAAACUGGAGCAACACGUGCCCGGAGCACUCGGGCAUCUGUGGAAUAACAACCAAGAUCGAAUCUCCCCAGGGACUUGGAGACGAUACCUCGCUCAAUGACGUCAAGUUUUUUUGUUGCGACGACUAAGGCCUAAAAACGCUGUUUGUGUUCACUUACCCGACCGACCCUAAGUUUCGGUAUCGACCUUUACUUUUUUGGUAUUCCAGGUUGAGUUUUCAAUCUUUUUGGCUACCCUCGAUCUUGUUUAUUAACUUUUAAAUAAAAAAGAAGAUUUAUUGCAAAGAAAUUAGGAACAGUUAUGUCAUUGGGUUCCCGUUUAAAGGUUUGGAAUAACUUGUGUAAAGUAAAACAAUUUAACGAAACAAAAUGGUUUGGCCGAUCUACCUACCCUUUUUUAUAUGUUAUUUGAACACAAACGACUUAUUUGUUUUGGCCAUAUGACAUGUAGCGUGCAUGGCAAAUUUCUCACUAACUUAUUAUUUGAACUCCAUAAUAAAACAGUGUAACCGUUAUAUUCAAACAUGUACAUAUUUGGUAGUGCCCCGUUCGUUUAUCGGAUGAUAUUUUUGUUUAAUACAUAUUUCUUCAACAUAUACUAAAUACGUCCACGUUUUUUAUAAACACAUCGUUAAAACGACCUUUUUCAUUUUAAUUGC